AGUGCAGGGAGGAGAGCGUAGGGACGACAUUGGUUCCAGGAAACUGAGCUCGAUUUCGGGCUUGGUGGGCGAUAGAGAGAGGGAGGGGGAGGGGUGGGGGGGACCAAGAUCGCGAAGGCGAUAAAGAUUCUGAUACUUCUGUCGCGCUUCUCCUCGCGAUAGAAGCGUGAGUUCAUCUCGAGUUCGUUGGAACGAGUUGGGGGAAUCAUUGUUGUUUGCGGUGACGCUGCGGAGUUGGUUGAAUGGACCAGUAUGAGAAGGUGGAGAAGAUUGGAGAAGGAACAUACGGAGUAGUGUAUAAGGCUCGGGACAAGCUCACUAAUGAGACGAUCGCUUUGAAGAAGAUAAGGUUAGAGCAGGAAGAUGAGGGAGUCCCCAGCACGGCUAUUAGAGAGAUCUCUCUUUUAAAGGAAAUGCAGCAUGGAAACAUAGUCAGGUUGCAAGAUGUUGUGCACAGUGAGAAACGAAUAUACUUAGUUUUUGAGUAUUUGGACUUGGACUUGAAGAAGCACAUGGAUUCAUGUCCAGACUUCGCCAAAGAUCCACGAUUAACGAAAUCUUUCCUGUUCCAGAUUCUCCGUGGCAUUGCCUAUUGCCAUUCACAUAGGGUUCUUCACCGAGAUCUGAAACCACAGAACUUAUUAAUAGAUCGGCGGACUAAUGCUUUGAAACUUGCGGACUUUGGACUAGCCCGUGCAUUCGGUAUUCCUGUUCGGACUUUUACACACGAGGUGGUCACACUUUGGUAUAGAGCACCAGAAAUUCUCCUUGGAGCUCGACAAUACUCUACCCCAGUGGAUGUGUGGUCAGUUGGAUGUAUUUUUGCUGAGAUGGUCAAUCAGCGACCAUUGUUUCCUGGAGACUCAGAGAUUGAUGAAUUGUUCAAGAUAUUUAGAGUUUUAGGAACCCCAAAUGAAGAAACUUGGCCAGGUGUUUCAUCCUUGCCUGACUUUAAAUCUGCUUUCCCCAAGUGGCCCUCUAAGGACCUAGCAACAGUGGUACCAAACCUUGAGCCUGCGGGAGUUGAUCUUCUUUCUAAAAUGCUCCGAUUGGAACCCAGUAAAAGAAUCACAGCUCGGCAGGCUCUUCAACAUGAGUAUUUCAAGGAUCUUGGGGUCGUUCCAUGAUAAGGCUUUUUCUUUGUUCUUUCCUGUCUACUUGUUUGUUUGUUCUAUCUCUGAUUAAGUUUGAUAAGCAGGCAGUGGACUUUUUAUUCUACCUGAGCUGUGUGCUUCCAUUUGUUUCUUGGAAGAGUUUCUGUAAAGAUUGUGUUUGUUUGUGUCCCUUACAUAGAUCUUUUGAACUCAGUUAUGUCUUGACAGAAAG